AUGGCGCGAUUUCCUGCUGUUUUCGUGCUGUUCGCCCUCCUGGCCGCUACUCUAGUCACUGCAUUUAACCAAACAUUAGAAUUGGAGAAUUCGAAUUGUGAUAACAACUGCUACUUCGACAGCUUCCCCGGCGGGUCCUGCACGGACGACCCAGCAUGCAUGUGUGACAAGCAGCAGUACCGCGAGGCGUACUUCUGCUGCAUGAAGGAUUGUAACCCUAAUGUUAUGCCUGAUUCCAUUACCCGGCAGCAUAGGGAAUGUAAAGCCAGAAAUAUGGAUUUCACCUUCGAUGCAGAAGCUCUUUGCGGUAUCAAGCUGACUACUUCCGCUGGUUUUCUGGUAGCGGCUGCUACUACUACUUCUACUCCUGCUGCUGCUACUGUUACUGUUACUGCUACUGCUGCCGCCGAUUCUACUGCCACGGGUGACUCCAAGUCCUCAACGCCGUCCGUUUCUACUAAUUCAGCGGCAUCAUCAACGAUUACCCAAGCGGCUUCUUCUACGGGCACUAAAACAAGCUCAGUCAGUUCCAUGCCGGCUCCUACCAAUAGCGCGCCAGGAAAGGGAGCUAUCAGGAACGCUGCGAUGAUUUUAGUUGCUUUAUCUGCCGUAAUGUUGGUUUAG